UCUAUACAAUUUAUUAAUUACAGUAUUUGUUGGACAAAACAAUAGUUUGACGUUUAUGUAUAUUUAUAUCAAUUGUUUGCGUUUUAUCAUUUUUAACUGAUUUUUAAAAAAAAUUAAAUUUAGCUGAAAAGUACUUUGACAGCUUACUCCUCAUAUGAUAAUGUACCACAGUAGUUCUGGGGCAUGUUGUCACAAAGAUCAACGUGUGUUCGGCGAACGGCAUCUUUUUUCCUAGGCAGAAAUGUUCAACCGCUUUUUUUUUUUUUUUUUUUUUUGUAGACUUUUUGUAAGUGUAUGCGCCUAUACAGAAAAAUUGCCUUUCAGAAAUAAAUCCACCCUGGUUUAUAUAAUGCCUCUAAAAUUUCCAUAAAAUUGUGAAUCUUAAUUCUGUAAACCAAAUUAAAUGUUCACUUUCAUUUUCUUUCAAAGUCUACAUACAUGCCUGAAAUGUGCACACUCCAUACUUAGUACGUCUCAAACGAACCGUUCACAGCCAUGCUAUCCAGGGUUCAGUACGGUGAGGAGAGUUGACUGCAGUGAACGUACCGCUAAUUACUUACGCACGUGAUCCACCUGAACUUUCAUCCACACAGGCUUUAAGAUCUUACGAUGAACCGCAAAAGGGAAAAGGUGAAGUUGACAUGGCUGAAUAAGGCGGUGGACUCCCCCAGAAAGCUCAUGAAGAACAGCGUGGGUGUGGCACAGCCCACAUGCUGGGAUGGAGAUGGUCAGGAUGGUGGUAUGAGCGAGGCUGGCUCUCCUGGCCUCAACACUUCUACUGGGUCAGCUGGACUGGGUGACAUGGAAAACAUGUAUCUCAGCACUCCACAGCACUCCAAUUCUUCACGAAGUACACCUAAAACACGCUUAAAAUUGACUGGACCCCACAGAGCACUACGGAAAAAAAACAGUCCUGGUGAGGACACUGUUUCAGGGCAAAAAUCCUCUGUUGAGCCUUUACCUCCCUCUGCUGGGAAAAAACUCAGGAGUCCAGAGGAUGGACAGAAAGUCAUUUACCUCAAAGCGCUGAAUGAUGCAAUGGGAAAUGCAGACAAAAAGUCAUCAUUUGGUGCGACUAAAAGUCUGUUUGCAAAGAAAACCCCAGAGAAAACUGUGAAGGCAGAGGAGGAGGAAAACUGCCCUGACCUUGAGUGCUGCUCGUUCAGUGAGAAGAAUGAACUGCUUCCUCUGUUCAUGACUAAGGAUAGGCCUCCCCCACUGGAGUUAAUAGAGACAGAAGAUGAUGGGACAGAAAUAAAGCUGGACACCAGGAGUGUGAUCCUAAAGCGACCAGAAUCGCCGGAUUGGUCGGAUGUUGAGGACUCAGAGCAAGUUGAAGUUUUCUCGCAGGAUGAGUCCUUUGAGCCAAAGGGCCGACAAAUGAAGCUUAAAAGGGAUUGUGAGCUUGUGGACUUCAGUGACACUCCUCCACCAUUGGAAUGCAACCCUUACUCCUCAUCACCAGCUUUAAAGCCUUCAACAUUCCCACAAGCCCUUUGGGAAUUAGAAUCUCAAGGGGCUGACACUACCCCAACCGUCCCAGCCAAGGAUGUGGAGCUGUUGUCAGAGCGUCCGCCUCAAUCUACAGCCUCUGACCUUGCAACCCCCAAGAAAUAUUCGUGCGGUAUGUCAGUUAGACGGUCCCUCAAAUUACAGCAGCCCAUCAUCAGCACCUACACCCCCUCCACACCUGAAAGCUGGGAUUGCUCUUCUUUUACUACACGCAGGACUUCAGAAUCAAAUUAUUACACAUCCUCACAGAUGUUUCUCGCUGAUGACAGUGCCACCCGCAGGAUGUCGGUUGGCUCGGAGCCUCUUUGGCUGUCAGAUUUGACCUACUCAAAGGCAGAUUCUGCAGGAUUUAUUGACACACACUGUCACCUUGACAUGCUCUAUGGGAAGUUGGGUUUCCAGGGAAGCUUCCAAAGGUUUCAGAGCAUGUAUGCAAGUAGUUUCCCUAGGGAGUUUAGAGGCUGCAUCGCAGAUUUCUGCAACCCACGAACCACAGAGAAAGAGGCCAUCUGGGAGGGGCUACUGGCAGAAGAGAAAGUGUGGGGGGCCUUUGGCUGCCACCCACAUUUUGCCAAAGAGUAUAACCACACUCAUGAGCAUAGCAUCAUGGGUGCUAUGCGUCACCCUAAGGCCAUAGCGUUCGGAGAGAUCGGUUUGGAUUACUCGUACAAGAACUCCACAGACUCAUGGAAACAGAAAGAGGUUUUUGAACGGCAGUUGCAGUUGGCCGUCUCUCUUAAGAAGCCUCUAGUCAUACAUUGCCGUGAUGCUGAUGAUGAUUUGCUGAAAAUUAUGAAGAAGUGUGUCCCCCGAGAUUACAAAAUUCACAGACACUGUUUCACCAACAGCUUCUCUGUGAUUGAGCCGUUCCUAAAUGAGUUCUCUAACCUGUGUGUGGGUUUCACUGGACUGGUGACGUACCAUCGAGCUACGGAGGCUCGAGCCGCUGUGAGAAAAAUCCCACUCGACAGAAUCCUACUGGAGACAGAUGCACCAUAUUUCCUACCCAGACAGGUCUCAGUGCUUGUUACUAAGUACACAUUGUUUGAUUCCACUUACAUAUAUGCACAUGCCUUGUCUAAUUUGUCAUUCUUUAACCCUCAUCCUCUCACAAAGUGCAAAACAAAUCCUUCCCUCAUGGGUCAAAAUGACCUGAGGGAAGGAUGAUACAUUCACCUCUCUUCCUCUUUCUGUAGGUGCCCAAGACUGUAUGCAGGUUUGCCCACCCUGGUAUGGGCAUGCACACACUGCGUGAGAUUAGUCUGCUGAAGGGAGAGCUGCUAACCACAGUACUGCAAACAGUCCGGCAGAACACUAGACACAUAUACGGACUGUGAUUGGAAACGGCGUGUUAAACCACUUGCUAUUUUAUCAACUGAAGUCCUUCAAAAUCUUAGUCCUGCUAGCAGUUUAGUCUUGCAUCUUUGGCACUUUCUCAACUAAACAGUCUUCAAUGUGAUAUAUAUUUUUUUUUUUUACCUUUUCCUUGUUUACAUAACAAUGUCUUCAAGAAUUUAUAUUUCAGUGUACUAUAGUGUGGGUUAGUAAGUGUACGAGCAUUGCUACUUAAGUUUCUUACCGUGUUAUAGGGAAUUUCACAUCUGUUAAAACUGUUAGUAAUGAUACAUUUUAAUAUCUCUUCGGUUUUGUGUUUUAAAAUGGUUCUCUGUUCUCAGGUUUCUUUGGUCGUGUGUCUGCAUACAUGCUUACAAGUUAUGUAUGCCUUUGAGACAUAAGUGACAUAAAAUGCCAUCUUUUGUCUUCCUUUAUAUUAGAACCAGUAAUUUCCAUAUGAAAGUUUGUGUAAAAAGAAAAUGUGAAACAGAAUUGGAAAAACCACAACAAAUAGCUUUUACCAGGUUGUUGGUUUUAUAUAAAUAUAACUUUUGUUUGAAUAAAUGUAUAUGCAACAUGAA